UGCAACAUAUACACGUCACACAGCCUGCACUGUGGACGAUAAAUUACAUAAAACCUACUUUUGUUUCAUUUAGGCCAAGAUUACUUAAAGUUUGGUCCUCUUUCUGCGACCUUCUUUUUUGGCCCCCAGCGGGCGUCCAUAGCCUAAUACCCUUCUUUAACAUCAUCGGCAAAGAUGGGCCUGAUCAUUUCGAAGGCACUGAGCCGGCUCUUCGGCAAGAAGGAGAUGCGCAUCCUGAUGGUUGGUCUGGAUGCUGCUGGUAAGACAACCAUCCUCUACAAGCUGAAGCUGGGCGAAAUUGUGACGACUAUCCCCACAAUUGGCUUCAAUGUGGAGACGGUGGAAUACAAGAACAUUAGCUUUACCGUCUGGGAUGUCGGUGGCCAGGAUAAGAUCCGCCCACUUUGGAGGCACUACUUCCAGAACACGCAGGGCCUUAUCUUUGUGAUCGAUAGCAAUGAUCGCGAGCGUGUUGGUGAAGCAAAGGAUGAGCUUCAUCGCAUGCUGAACGAGGAUGAGCUUCGGGAUGCUGUGCUGCUGGUGUUUGCGAACAAGCAGGACCUGCCUAACGCGAUGAACGCUGCGGAGAUCACUGAGAAACUUGGUCUGCAUGGGCUGCGUCACAAGUGCUGGUACAUCCAGAGCACGUGCGCCACAUCAGGCGAGGGCUUGUACGAAGGCCUGGAUUGGCUUAGCCAGAACAUUGCCGCCAAGUCGUAAGCAGGUUUCGCCAAGGAGAUGCGUGAAACAGGGGUUGUGCGCCUAGACGAGGGCGUUGUGGGAUGGAAGCUGAUUAUCAAGGCGGCGUAGUUACAUGACUGUCGGCGGUGUGGAGUGGAUGAGUGGAUGAAGUGAAGGAGGAUUUAAGGUUUGCCAGUAGGACCCAUUGGAACUCCCGAUCCCCCGGUGGUAAUCUUGCGUGUGGGCCCUUGGAUUGUAGGAUGAUGGCGCUCAUGUAGAUGAAAUGCAGCCACAUAGCAAUGACACAUUCUUUUUCCUCACGUUGAGGUCGAGUGCUAUCUAUCUUAGGGGGUCUGACUGGUGACAUUUUCACCCCGGACUGAAAAGGCGAGUGAACAGGGCAAAUGCGGUCAGGAUGGUAGUGGCGGAGUACUCGAGCAAUGCUGUUGUAAGGAUUAUAUGCUGCGAACCAAAAUGAGUAUCACAAGUUAGGGUAAGAAGCGGUGUGGAUGCGGUGUUGGGAGGUUGCCAUUCCCGACCAGCACGGUACGGGAAAAUGUCGUACAGUGCAAGUUCUCCUUACAUUGAGACAACGUCGGCCAGCUGAGUUGGCCUUUCACCGCGUCCGCUUCUAUGGUGCUGGGAUGCGUCUCUAGGGGGCAUCCUGUUUACACAGUAUUAUUAACGGAUACAGACAUC